AUGGCAUCAAUGACAUCACCAGACGAAGCGAAUAUCGGCAUGGACUCUCCUGCCGGAGAUAUCGAAGCAGUCGUGGGGUCGUUUCUCAACCUCCCCUCCGUCCCCGCUCUGACACAGCCCACCGAAGCCAAAGCCGCGUCGGCCGAGCCAAACACCUCCGCUGGCGACGCGAACAGCGACGAGUGCGAAAGCAGCGACGAUGGCGACGAUAGCGAAGACGGCGACGACGCAGGCGACCAGAUGGAUCUGAUGCUCGCGAUGAUGCGACUGCUGCAGAAGCAGAUGCCGAAAAAGAAAAAGGCGGCGGGUGUUAGCAAGAGCAAGAGCAAAGCCAAGGCGAGUGAAUCCGCGGCGCCGCUGCUGAACGGACGGGGUUCCUCCAUGGAUCAGGAGCAGCUGCUCACCGUCCUCUCUAAAGCUCUCUCCACUAUGGAUUCCCCCGACGACGAGCCCGCGUCGACCCCCAAGCAGAAGCGCGCCAAGCUGAGCGCCGCUAACGCAAAGCCCGCCGGCCCGCGCCAAAUGCCGCAGCUGGCGCGACCUAGCGCUGAUGCUGCCGCGCUCGCGCAGCAAAAGGCGAAUGUGGGAGGGUGCGCCGCGGAGGGGGGCGAGGAUACGAUUCUGCAUUGCUUCAUGGAUCAGCUGCCGCAAAUCGACGGUCACCUUGACGCGAUGAUCGCGGCGGCAGAUGCGGCGGUUGACCCGCAGGAAGCGCAGCCUUCGCCGACUGAGCACGUCAGCAGCAGCGCGGGGGCGAGCGCUAGGGGCUGCUCCGCGCAGCCGAACAAUGCGCGCGACGACGGCGCGGGUUCCGGCUCUCGGUUCCCGCCGCCUAACACGCCGCAUUUCUCGGCGCACGAGCGACAAACGGGGUCAUGGGACGCAGUCAGCAGCAGCAGCAUGGAUAGCUCCGCUGCCGCCGCCGCAGCCGCCGCCGCUGCAGCGCUCGCGGUUAACUCGCGGAAGCGCAAGUCGGGGGAGGACGAGGGGGCGUAUGCGGGCCACGGGGGGAACGGUGAGCAGGCGGCGAUCAGCAGCCGGUCGGCGUCAGAGGCGCGAUGGAACGGAAACGGACAGAUGCAGGAGUGCCGGCCGCUGUCGCUGCCACACGCGAUCAGCAACGGCCCUGUGGUUGUGAGCAGGCAGCAGAUGCAGCAAUCCGCGUGCAAGCCGCCCCUUCUAUCGCUCCCUGCCGCCUGCCUCGCCGCUCCUGGCUCUGCGCCUCUGCUGCGCGCGCCCGUCUCGAAUGCGUCCGCCGCUUCCGCUCCUCCUCCCCCGGCCACCCCGCUCCGCAUGCUCACCGUCCCUGCUGACGUGUCUCCCACCGCAGCGCCCAUGGCGCGCCCGAACGUGAUGGACAGGUUCGGUGGUGUGGGGGAGGAUUUGUCGGCAGAGCAACCCCUGGGCUUUCCUGUGAGGUUUGGGAGCAAGCGCAUGGACGAUGGUUACACUGACGGUGCUGGUAACCACACAGCUGGCAAUGGUAGUCACGGAUACAACGACGGUGGUAACGGAUGCGACGAUGGAGGCAUGGGUUACGAUGAUAUGGGCGGAGAUGACAUGGAUGACUGGAUGCCGCGCAGCCGCGGGCGCAAGGACCGGCAGGUGGCGGGCGGGCGCAUCAAGGCGCGGAGCAUGGCGGAGAGGCAGAGACGGGAGAGGAUCAGCGAGGGGCUGCAGAAGCUGCGCAUGGCAGUGCGUGGCCAUGGGGACACGGCCACCAUGCUUGACAAUGCGGUCGCAUACGUGCAGGCGCUGCAGAGGCGAGUGACAUCGCUCGAGACAAACAUGCUGCUGCACCAGGCGUCCUGUGGGGGUCUUGGUCAGGCUGGGGGCGCACUGGGCGGUGGCAAUGGAUCCAACUCCAAUAACAGGGGCCGCCAUGCUAAUGGCUUCAUCAACCCCUCCCAGUUUGACAUAGACGCGGCAGUCGAUUCGUUUCUCAAUCUCCCUGCCGCAGCCUUUCCGUGGACCCCCAGCGACAACAACGCCGGGGCCCUCAAACCCGAGGCUCCAGUAGCCGCGAAUCUUGGUGGUAAGCCCGCCGGGAAAAGCGGCGGGAAGAGCGGAAAAGCGAAGGCGAAAAAGGCGGCGCAGCGUGAGACGCAGAAGCAGCUGCUCGCGGCAAUCAUGGAGGCCCUCGCCGACUCAGACGACACCGACGAGCCGUCGUCGCCAGAAUCCCCCGCUGCCCCUUCCCCCGCCUCAGCAAAGCGCGCCAAGCAGGCUCCCGGCGACGUCGCGUCGUCCCGCCGGUUACCGCAAUUGGACAGUCUGAGCAACAGCAGCCCCGCGAGCAGUGGUAACCCGUCGUCCGCGCUUCUCGAUUCCUUCCUCGGUCAGCUGCCGCAAGUGGAUAUGCACCUUGAUGCGAUCAUCGCCGCACUUGACGGGCCGGCAGCCGACGCGGCGCAGCCGGCGGCGGGUCAGACGGGGAGCAGCAGCGCAGCAGUGGCGCAGCUGCGGGCUCGCAAUAACGAAGCAGAGAGGGUGCUUAUGCGCAGCAGCAGCACCAGCAGUGUGGACAGCUCCGUCGCGGAAGCCGCCGCUGCCGCCGCCGCCGCGCUGGCCGCAGGGUCGCGGAAGCGCAAGGCAUCGGAGAGCGAGGUGGUUUCCCCCGCUGCGCCCGUUGCCCCUAGCGCAGCCGUGGGCAGUAACGAGGCGGAGGUUUCCCGCCAAAUGCGCCGCGCGCUUGGCGCUGCCAUCCUCCGCAGCGAGCCGUGCCCCGCGGCCGCUGCCUUCCCCGCUCCCGCGCCUCCUCCGGCCGCGCUGCCAGUGGGUAGUCACGCCAACCCCGUUGGCAGGACCCUCGCCCAGCACGGACCGCUGCAGAUGCCCAUUCGCCUGCCCGCCGCUCCUUCCGCCGCGCCAUCGCCGCUAGCUUUCCCCGCGCCUGAAGCAGCCGCUUGCAUGAACAAUGACAACUCAGAUGAUGACAUGGCGGGCUUUGGCGGAAGCCCAGCGUGCGGAGGCGCCAACGGAGCGGCGGAUGACGCGGAUGAUUGGAUGCCGCGCAGCCGCGGGCGCAAGGACCGGCAGGUGGCGGGCGGGCGCAUUAAGGCGCGGAGCAUGGCGGAGAGGCAGAGGCGGGAGAGGAUCAGCGAGGGGCUGCAGAAGCUGCGGAUGGUAGUGCGCGGCCAUGGGGAUACGGCCACGAUGCUUGAUAAUGCUGUCGCGUACGUGGACGCGUUGCAGCGCCGAGUGAGCUCAUUGGAGACCACUCUGCUGCUGCACAAGGCGUCGUGCAAACACCCUGGGCAGACUGAUUGCGCCCUGGCCUCACCUGGAGAAUCUUCUGAGCUGUUGUAA